GUGACCUGGCCCGAUGUUGCUACUACAGGCAGGAAUGCCAAGUAUAUAUGACUUGAUGAUGAGACCAGUAAUUGCAUGCAGGAGUCUUCUUUGAACAGCCCGAGAGCAAGUCCCACCCAGAGGAGGAACUAAAUGGACUAAACCGGCUGACUGGGACUUGUGGAAUAAAGAAACUGAGCAUGCUGUUCUGUGCAGCUCAUCUUGUCAGCAGAAAUGCUGCCCUAACACUGUGUACUUCACAGUCAAGGGGCAGCUCUGGGGCCUUCUAUGGGUGAAGCACUGCAUGGAAGGAAAGGAGAAUCCUGAAGCAACUACAGGGUAAAGGCAGCAGUAAUGCUGACGCUGGCAAGCAAACUGAAGCGGGAGGACGGUCUCAAAGGGUCCCGGACGUCAGCCACGGCCUCCGACUCCACUCGGAGAGUGUCUGUGAGAGACAGGCUGCUUGUUAAAGAGGUUGCAGAGCUUGAAGCUAAUUUACCGUGUACAUGUAAGGUGCAUUUUCCUGAUCCAAACAAGCUACAUUGCUUUCAGCUAACUGUAACCCCAGAUGAGGGUUACUACCAGGGUGGAAAAUUUCAGUUUGAAACUGAAGUUCCUGAUGCAUACAACAUGGUGCCUCCCAAAGUGAAAUGCCUGACCAGGAUCUGGCACCCCAACAUCACAGAGACAGGCGAAAUAUGUCUAAGUUUACUGAGAGAACAUUCAAUUGACGGCACUGGCUGGGCUCCCACAAGGACAUUAAAGGAUGUUGUUUGGGGAUUAAACUCUUUGUUUACUGAUCUUUUGAAUUUUGAUGAUCCACUGAAUAUUGAGGCUGCAGAACAUCAUUUGAGGGACAAGGAGGACUUCCGGAAUAAAGUGGAAGACUACAUGAAGCGUUAUGCCAGAUGAUAGGAGGAGGAGACGGUGGGGCUGUGGACUGUGUGUAGGCUUGUCUCCAAUCUCAUCCAAGAGGGAGCUCCCCCUCCCCAGUCCUCGUGCUCCCCUCAGACCCACAGGGUCAUCCACAUCCUGUGACCAUGCUGUCCCAAGGAAGAACCUCUUCACGACUGUCCAUUGUAGAUGGAGAGUCCUACAUAAAUACAGCAAGAAAAUGUGUUUGGGGUUCUAAAGAGUUGUCUGCUUCCCUUAACAUGUUUACUUUUUGGAAACUGUACUGUAUAGGCUAUUGAUGAGAUUCCUGAAAAGUUGUAACGAACUCAGAAUUGAGACUAGCGCUUGCUUCUCCCCCUUUUCCCAAAGUCCUUCCCUGCACAAGUGAUGCUGAUGAUGUGCUCAGUGUAGCUCGCAGAGGGGCAAUAAGAAACCCGCUACAUACUGUGAUUGGAUGCACAUUCUCUUAGCUCCUCCCACGGAUGUUGGCCCUGCCUAGAUGUUGUGAAGCUUCCCAGAAUGCAUAGUCAUUCACUGUAGAUCUCUUACUGAAAUGCGUAUUUUAUUUAAUGUAAGUAUAUUUUGGAACAGAUUUGUAAUUUGUACAAUUUAAUGCUUUAAUUAUUUUUUUCUAUUCUCAUUUAGUUUGUAUUUUCAUUGUAUAGAGCAGACAGAUAUUGGGUCAAGCAACUAUUGAAGAGAAAUACAAAGAAAAUAUGAAAGACACAUUAUUCCUUCUGUCCAAAUGAAACAAGAAUUUGACUUUUAAAAAUCAGCUCUUGCUUUUGGGUCCAGAUGGGAUGAGGAAGUCUUGGAACCCUUGGACGCUAGAUCUGGAUGAUACCUGAAAAAGAAAAAGGAAAGGAAAAAGGCAGGGAGCUCUUUCUCACAUGCUGCCCAGAGGAAACUGGUGGGAACCCAGACCAGCCAGGGACUUGGUGUUUCCACAGCAGUCUUGUCGUUGUGAGCCAGUGGGCAAUGCCAGAGAGUCAGAGCCUCAUGUACUGAGGGACAGGAGGGAUACCUCAGUAAUCAGCCACCAGUGUGUGAAGUCACUGAGACAGUACCUGUGGCUUUCUGAGACUGCUGUGGUUCCGGGCGGUCUGGGGGCCAGGAAUCAGAAGCAGCAGCAGCACGUAGCCAUCCAUAUUCCAACAGGCCCAUGCUGGGUAAGAAAACUAAGGAGGCAGAUGGAUUACUCCAGCAUUUAGACAUCUGGACGAGUGAAAUCAAAUGCAAAAUAAAUGUUUGUAUGGUUUUCACCUGCUGCCUGCCUGGCGCACUCCAGUUCACUGACAGCCUCCUUUGACCUCUGGAUUCCCCCGUCUUCCAUCUGCCCAGUCUGGAUUGUUGUUCUUAAUUUGUAAUACAGUCUGAUUAUGAGGUCAGUCUUCCUGGAGAUGGCAGGGAAGGAAUAUAUGUUGUGCUUCCCAUUAGAUUGGGGGGGGUGGGGGCUGAUUGAUGGGCCACACUAGUGCACAGAGCAGGAAGAGUGGGGCUGGAUCAAGGGCACACUGGCCUCUUGGAGGCUCAGGGCCUGUGAGAAGACAACAGUAAUCUCCCCUCCUAAAGCCUGCGAGAGACACUUUUAAUUGGAGCUCUGUCUGGUGUUCACCAGGAACCUGGUCAGCUGGACCCAGGGCUGGCCUUUGCUCGGUAGGUCUGCAGCCAGCAGCUGGCCUGCCCACGUACCUGAGUCCUGACGCCCCUCACAGCUGUUGGGGCAGCUCCCAGGCUGCACAGCUGGCGGUGCAGAUGGAGGUGAAGAAGUGAUGUCAGCGCCCACGGGUGAAUGGAAAUAACGGGUGUUGUAGGUAAAGGAAUGGAAGGGACAGCUGUUCUGGAUUCUGAUAGACAAAUAACUUUGCUUAUCAGAGAUCUAGUAAUUCUUCAAAAAUGACCUCUCUGUGUGACAGAAUCAUCCCUCUCUGUCCAAUGGAAAUCCCUCAGAGCCCUGCCCCUUACCCCAUCUUGUUAAGAACACCAUCCAGCCUGGCCCAUUGAGGCAGAGAACUGAUGUUGUGCUGCCUACUUGGCCAGGGAGGGGGGGUGGGGUGGGGGAGCGGCAUAGCAUCUUUUAGUGGCUGCAGAACCCUGAUUUCCAGGACUUUUUGGUUUCUUGAGGUCUCCUCCCCACUUAGGCCAAAGGAACACUUCAGGUUCUGGUUCAUGUGUUCCACCAGCCCGGUGAUAGUAGAUUUCUCCUCUUCCCAGGAUGGGUAUACUGAGCCAGACAGGAGUAGAGCAGGCCCUUGGGACGUGAAGCUCCAAGAUUUCUCCGAUGUCCACUUGUGUCCCCAUAACUCUGCUGCUUAGAAUUUGAUGGGUCGGCAGCAUGUUUUUCAGGCGUACUCAGGAGGAAACAGUUCCAGGAUAGACCUGUCAGAAGGAAAGGCUCACAUCUCCCCUUCCCUCAAGCAUACCACCUGCAAAUUACCUCCCUUCAAAGUCUUCAUAAGGAGCUGGGGCGAGUGUAUGACUCCAGUGUCAAGUGCUAACGCGUCUGUGUCCCUUGCUUCUCAUCUGUGUUUUCAUUUACUGUAUUUGGAGUGUUGGCAGAGCUCUGGCUCGGGGCAGUGCCUUGGGUUCUGUUUAUCAAGACCCCCUGUUUCAUCUACUAUCAUUUACAAGCACUGACAGGCUCAGAGGGCUGUUCGUGAUUUCUGCCAUUGCAGAUGAAGCCAGGUUUGGCACCUGCUAAAGCAGUCGUGUGACAGAAGUAAAUGAGAAAGCUUUGCAGAGAGCUGGUAGAGCAUUUGCAGGAGCUAAAAUAGUUUGAACAUACAGUCUUUAAAAGGAAUAUAUACCUUGCUAUUUACUAGUUUAAACGUUUCAUAUUUCCUGUGCCCUUAAUCUGCCAAACUUCCACACCGUCGUGGGUACGGGAGGCAAAAGCAUGCUAGUCAGGUCUUGGCUGCAGCCAGACCAGUCCACAGAGUCCUGGGCCACCUGGCAGCAGAGCCAGCAUGCCUUCCUCCAAUGGCAUCGGAAACAGAUGGAACAGCCCUUCUGCUGGGCUCCGGAGUUCAACAACAACAAUAACAAAAAAUCCCAGAGGGCAAACAAACUCCAGGCAGUGGCCAUCUGUAAGAUCUAUUAAACUUGUUCAAAGGACACGCCCGCUGUUCUCUAGGGUUGCUCUGUUACCUCUCACAGCCUUUGAAGAAGUUGAUGUGAAAAAAAAAUCGCAAAUUCCUACAAAAUCAGACUUGUUGCAGAUAUAUCAGAAUCUACCAGAAUUUUUUUAAUGUAAACUUCCAACCAUUUGUAAAACUGGUUAGCCACCAAUUGCAGCCUUUAAUGAAACUCUUCCAGCAAGUACAGUCUAUUCCAGGAGUGUUUUCACUUCAUCCACUUAAAAAUGUUUCUCCUUGGAAAGUCAGGUUUGCCAUAAGUUCAUUAUUCUUCAUGAAAGUGUGUCUAGCAAAAUGCUAACAGUCUUGGCAAAAUAACGUUUUUUCCUUUCCCUUUGCCAAAGAACCUGUAAAAUGAGAGCAUCUGUUACUCCCCUUUCCUCCCUCAAAGUAACAGCGGCUAAUUCACAGGCUUCCGUGGUGCACAGGCCCCACUCAUGCCCUGGGUUUCUGUGGGUUACCAAAACUGAUGAAUUGAAAGAAUUGUGGUUUGAAAAAAUUUCUUCAAAAAGCCCAGUGAUUAAAAAAAAA